AUUGAACGUUGAAAGCACGCGCCGCAUGGCUCUCACUUCACUAUUUUCCCGCUAAAGCUCGCCGGCUGACGCGCUUCCCCAUUUUCAUUCCCGCCUUUCCCCCUUCUGUGUGCUCUCUCUUCUUCUGUAUCUGUGCUUCCCGCCUUCAAAACUCUCCUCUACUUUUCCCACAAAUUCCGUCUUCACUCUUCAGACAAUUGAUUCUGCCCUAACUCUUUCUCUCUCUACAUAUACACUCGGGCAUAUACGUAUAGAGUGAUAACAAAAUGGCUCCAUCGAAGAAGGUGAGCAACGGACGGUCGCCGCUGGUCAAUCAACAGCGCCAAAUCACUGCAUUCUUCGGUAAGAAGCCGGAUUCUUCGCCGUCUCCCUCCCCUUCGCCGUCUCCUGCUCUGUCCAAACAAAACCCUAACCCUAACCCUAACAAAAGCCCGAGCCUCAGCCCGAUCACUCCAUCACCUCUUCAGUCAAAACGCAAAAAGCCUCUCCUCAUCAUCAGCCCUAACUUGGCUUCUUCGUCUUCACCUCCUGAAAGUCGAAGCUCUGAUAAGAAAUCGUACGGAGCAGAGAUUGUUGCCAGAAGGGUCAAGGUUUAUUGGCCAUUGGACAAGUCUUGGUAUGAAGGAUGUGUGAAGUCGUUCGACAAGAUAUCGGGAAAGCAUUGCGUGCAGUAUGAUGAUGCCGAUGAGGAAAUGCUGAAUCUCUCGGAGGAAAAGAUUGAGUUGAUUGAGGAGCCGGCGAAGAAGAAGCUCCGAAGACUAAGAAGAAUUUCGGUGGUGGACGAAGAAGAAGAAGAAGAGGAUGAUCUCAAAGAACUAGAAGAUGAUUCGGAUGAUGAGGAUUGGGUGAUAAAGGCUGAUGAAAAUAAAACAUUAGAGGAUGAGGAUUGUUUGGAGGAAAUGGAUUUGGAGGUGGAAGAUGAAGAAAGUGGAAGAGGGGAUAUUGGGAAGAAGUUUAACUCCAGGAAAUUAAAGGUGGAUGAAGGAGAACAAAUGGUAUCAGUUUCGAACAAGAAGAGGAAGACCGGUGGAGAGUGUAAGAGUAGUGCUUCUAAAGCUCCUUUUGCUGGCGAUGCAGAGAAGCUGGUGGACUCUACUAAAAGAACCAGUGCUUCUAGUCCGAAGGUAUCUCCUCUGGAUAGCUCUAAAGUGGGAGAUGAUGCAGAAAGGUUUGUCUUGCGUGAAGCAGACAAGUUUGGCUUUGUUGAGAAAAAUCGUAAGGAUGCCGAAGGUAGGCGCCCUGGGGAUGUGAAUUAUGAUUCAAGAACCCUUUACUUGCCACCUAGCUUCGUAAAAGGUUUAACAGGUGGCCAGAGGCAAUGGUGGGAGUUUAAGGCGAAGCAUAUGGACAAGGUCCUCUUUUUCAAGAUGGGCAAGUUUUAUGAACUUUUCGAAAUGGAUGCACAUGUUGGAGCCAAAGAACUUGGUUUGCAGUAUAUGAAGGGAGAGCAACCUCACUGUGGAUUUCCAGAAAAGAACUUCUCAAUGAAUGUAGAGAAGCUGGCAAGAAAGGGCUAUCGUGUUCUUGUUGUGGAGCAAACAGAGACACCUGAUCAACUCGAGGUUCGCCGUAGAGAAAAGGGCUCUAAAGACAAGGUUGUGAAACGUGAAAUAUGUGCUGUGGUAUCAAAAGGCACUUUAACAGAGGGAGAAACGCUUUCAACCAAUCCUGACGCUUCCUAUUUGAUAGCAGUGACUGAAAGCUGUCAAAUUUCAGCAAAUGAAAAAGGGGUUCAUGAAUUUGGUAUCUGUGUGGUUGAUGUUGCGACAAGCAAAAUAAUCCUUGGGCAGUUGAAGGAUGAUGCGGACUGCAGUUCUUUAUGCUGUUUAUUAUCUGAAUUGAGGCCAGUGGAAAUUAUAAAACCUGCUAAGUUGCUUUGUCCGGAGACUGAAAAGGCACUGAUUAGACAUACAAGAAAUCCUCUGGUCAAUGAGCUGAUUCCUUUCUCUGAAUUCUGGGAUGCUGAGAAAACUAUCAACGAAAUUAUGGGUAUCUAUCAGCGUGUCAGUGAUCGUUCAUGUAUUUCAGAGGUGAAUGAAUCACUUGUGCAGUCCUCUAAUUCGUCUUUGAAAAAUGAUGGUACAAACUCUCUACCGGAUGUAUUAUCCAAUCUUGUGAGUGCGGGUGAAAAUGGAAGCCAAGCACUUUCAGCGCUUGGUGGCACCCUUUUCUAUCUGAGGCAGGCUUUUCUGGAUGAAACCCUCCUAAGAUUUGCAAAGUUUGAGUUGCUUCCAUCUUCUGGUUUUGGUGAAAUCACUCAAAAGCCACAUAUGGUUCUUGAUGCGGCUGCAUUGGAAAAUCUUGAGAUAUUUGAAAACAGCAGAAAUGGAGAUUCUUCUGGAACAUUGUAUGCUCAAUUAAAUCAUUGUGCCACUGCAUUUGGUAAAAGACUACUUAGAACAUGGCUGGCAAGACCUCUGUAUCAUAUUGAGCCAAUUAAGGAACGCCAGAAUGCUAUAGCAGAAUUAAAGGGAGUUAAUCAGCCAUAUGUGCUUACCUUCAGAAAAGAGUUAUCCAAACUUCCCGACAUGGAGCGUUUGCUAGCACGCACCUUUGCUGGCAGUGAAGCUAACGGCAGGAAUGCAAAUAAAGUUGUUCUAUACGAGGACACUGCAAAGAAGAAGCUUCAAGAGUUCAUUUCAGCUUUACGCGGGUGUGAAGCAAUGACCCAUGCAUGCUCUUCACUUGGAGCCAUUUUGGAGAAUGUGCAGUCUAGACUGUUACAUCAUCUAUUAAUGCCUGGCACAGGGAUUCCCGAUGUCCAUUCAAUUCUGCAACAUUUCAAGGAUGCCUUCGAUUGGGAGGAAGCAAAUCAUUCAGGGCGUAUAAUACCUCGAGAAGGGGCUGAUAUUGAAUAUGAUGCAGCAUGCCAAAUAGUUAAAGACAUCGAAUCCAACCUCAAAAAACAUUUGAAGGAACAAUGCCGAUUACUUGGAAAUGCAUCUAUCUGUUAUGUAACAAUUGGAAAAGAUGCAUACCUUUUGGAAGUGCCUGAGAGUUUAUCACAGAGCAUUCCAAAGGAAUACGAAUUAAGAUCAUCCAAGAAGGGUUUCUCCCGCUACUGGACUCCAGUGAUUAAAAAUUUAUUGGGGGAGCUUUCUCAAGCUGAAUCUGAGAGGGAGUUAAAGUUGAAGAGCAUUCUUCAGAGGUUAAUUGCACGAUUUUGUGAGAAUCAUGCUAAAUGGAGACAAAUGGUGUCUACUAUUGCAGAACUGGAUUGUUUAAUCAGCUUAUCUAUUGCAAGUGAAUAUUAUGAAGGGAAAACAUGUCGUCCGAUUCUGUCUACAUCACAUCCUCUUGAAGAGCCACGCCUUAGUGCUAAAAGUCUAGGACAUCCGGUUCUAAGAAGUGAUGCUUUAAGUGAGGGUACCUUUGUCACCAAUGAUGUCACACUAGGAGGUCCUGGUCAUGCCAGUUUUAUACUCCUUACUGGUCCUAACAUGGGUGGGAAGUCUACUUUUCUACGCCAAGUUUGCCUUGCUGUGAUUUUGGCUCAGAUAGGAGCAAAUGUGCCUGCGGAAAGUUUUGUAUUAUCUCCUAUCGAUCGGAUAUUUGUUCGAAUGGGCGCCAAAGAUCAGAUUAUGGCUGGCCAUAGUACAUUUCUGACAGAGCUUUUGGAGACUUCCUCUAUGUUGGCUUCGGCAACCUGCAAUUCACUUGUGGCAUUGGAUGAGCUGGGACGAGGGACAUCAACAUCAGAUGGCCAAGCAAUUGCUUCAUCGGUUCUUGAACAUUUUGUCCGUACAGUAAAAUGCCGGGGAUUGUUUUCUACGCAUUAUCAUAGAUUGGCUGUGGACUACCAGAGAGAUCCUAAGGUCUCACUUUGUCAUAUGGCAUGCCAAGUCGAAAAAGGAGUUGAUGGUGUGGAUGAAGUAAUCUUCCUUUACAAAUUGACACCUGGUGCAUGCCCUAAAAGUUAUGGUGUAAAUGUUGCUAGAUUAGCUGGACUUCCUGAUACAGUACUGCAAAAGGCUACGACCAAGUCUCAGGAGUUCGAAUUAAGUUAUGGCAAGAGGUUAAAGCCCAACUUUUGCUCUCAGAGGUGGGAAGACGAUGCAUAUUUGAUCAUCGAAAACUUGAUAAAGAUUGCUGCUAAUACUGACAGCAUGGCUGUUGACUCUUUAGCCAACUUGCAAUCUACAGCAAGGUUACUUCUACAACAAUAUUAGAAAACAUGCACUGCACAUAGUCUUUUUUCAUUUUUGAUUUUUUUUUCCUGGGGGGAGGCGGGUGUGAAGUAAGCCAGGUCAGCUGCCACGAUUGCAUUUCCUUAUCUAUAUUGGAGGAAAAUUUUGUUAUUUAGUGGCAAUGGUGAUUCUAACUCAGGCAGCUGAAAUUGUAUUAGUGCCAUUGCCAAUUACUAGGGUUCCUAGGUUUCUAAUUCUCCAAUAUAAUGUUUGGUGAAACAUACGAGCCCAAUGAAAAUUUUGGUCAAAAGCAACGUGCAUCAAAUUGUGGAACUUGUACUUUUGUUUAUUGUCAUUCUAUUCGUAUAA